AUGGAAUUUGACCAAUUUUCUUCCCCAGCUUUGAACUUCAAAGGAAUCCAGGUGGGUUACGAGUCUAUACAAGAGGAUGCGUUCCAAGGGAACGAGAGCUUCUCUGGAAUGGAAUUGCUGGGAGAGAUUGAGUCUCUCCCUCAUGAGAAUGGAAAAGGAGACAAAUUAUUCAAAGAUCAAAAUCUUAAACAGAUACAAGAAUCCCAAGUUGAUAACUCGGUGUUAGAAGAGAUCAACUUUGACUCUGGUAUGAAAAUGCAAGAAACACAACUAUUUCAUGAAAUUACAGGGAUAAAAAAACACGGUGUGGCAAUAUCAGAAUCAGUUGAAUACAAUAAGCAGCUGCCACCAACAUUGGCAUCCCUAGAGCUUCUGAGAAAUUACGGAAGCAGGUUCAAGGGGCUAGGCGAGCAAAAUACAAGCACCUUAAGCAAUAUUGAAACUUCUUUGGAUCAUCAGAUGAUGUCAACUGAAGAAAUAAUAAGAGUGGCUGGAGCAAGGUAUGUCCAAUAUUCUGCACAUUGGAAUGAUAGUUUUUGCAUCCCUAUGCACCCAUACGGAUUGGACCUUGGUGGUUUGUCCGAGGAAGAAAAUAGAGAUGUAGAACUUGCUCAGUUUCUCCUUGGUGCAGCUGAGAGGGUAGGUUGCCAACAAUUUGAACGUGCAAACAGGUUACUUCUCCAUUGCCAAUGGAAUGCAUCUGCCAGUGCAACCCCUGUUCAAAGAGUUAUCUUUCAUUUCGCUCGAGCACUUCGAGAGAGAAUUGACAAAGAAAUAGGAAGGAUCACGGUAAAUGGAUCAGAGAAAAAUGAAGAAAGGGAGUUACUUCAGAAGAUGGACACCAAUGUUGCCCUCACAUGCCAUCAAAAAAUUCCUUUCAAUCAAGUAAUGCAACUUACCGGGAUACAAGCUAUAGUGGAACAUGUUGCACGUGAGACCAAAAUCCAUCUUUUAGACCUUGAAAUAAAACGUGGGGUGCAUUGCAUAGCUUUGAUGCAAGCGCUGACGGAGCGCCAGGAUUGCACAGUGAAACUUUUGAAGAUAACUGCCAUUGGACUUAAUGAAUGCAAAACCAAGAUAGAAGAGACUUGCAAAAGAUUAGCUAGUUUUGCUGAAUCCUUGAACUUACCCUUUUCAUAUAAGACAGUUUUUGUGAAUGACAUGGAAGAAAUAAGGGACGAUCAUUUUGAAAUUGAAGAGGAUGAAGCUGUGGCUGUGUACUCUCCAUAUUUUCUAAGGUGCAUGGUAGCAAGGCCAUAUUGCAUGGAAAACCUGAUGAGGGUUAUAAGAAAUAUCAAACCAGUUAUAAUGAUAGUCCUUGAAGUAGAAGCAAACCAUAAUUCACCCUCCUUUGUGACUCGCUUCAUUGAGGCAUUGUUCUUCUACUCAGCUUUUUUUGAUUGCCUUGAAACCUGCAUAAAACAUGAGAUUGAGAGCAGAAUGACAAUCGAAGAAGUGUUAUCUGAAGGGAUACGAAACAUUGUUGCAAUGGAAGGAAGGGAAAGGACAGUGAGAAAUGUGAAGAUAAAUGUUUGGAGAAGGUUCUUUGCAAGGUACCGAAUGGUGGAAACCGGGUUUAGUGAGUCAUCUAUGUACCAAGCUGAAUUGGUGGCCAAAGAGUUUGCUUUUGGGAAAUUCUGCACUAUAGACAAGAAUGGUAAGUGUCUUAUAGUUGGAUGGAAGGGGACCCCAAUGCAUUCAAUCUCAGCUUGGAGGUUUCUUUGACAAAGUUAUUAGAGAUAGUUACUGAAUAGAGACAUAUUUGAAUCAUUUGUAAAGUAGAAUGCUAAUUUGUAGUUGUUUACUGU